AUGAGCUCCGUCGUCUAUCUCAUGAUCCGUGAUGAUUUCUCCGUCCUAUCUUUUGGAUUUGCCGACCAAAAUGUGAUUUUAUGGUCGCCUGUGAAGUUUGGUGGACUUUGGUCACGCCGUUUAGGAGUUGGCCGUAGUUGGCUCCUUGUGCGCGUGGUGGCCGCCUUGUUUCGUGUGAUGGCCUAUGUAUCUCCUUUUAACCUCCCUUUGGCCGCCAUAUGCAUGUUGGUUUUGAGGUGGUUAUAG